AGGAAGGGCUUAAAAAUGGCAGAACUCACAGUUAAGAAUGGCAGCUGCGUUGACUGGCAAAAACGGUGCCUUUCAUUGGAAACCCAGCUCUUCAAAUUCCGUCUGCAAGCCAGUAAGAUCCGGGAGUUGCUAGCUGAGAAGAUGCAGGAACUGGAGCAGAGAGUGAUUGAAGCAGAACAGAGAGCCCAAAGUGCAGAGAGACAGGCUGAAGUGUUGGAAGAGAAGUUGAAACUUGCAAACAUGAAAACGAGUGAAUCGAGUGAACACAGGAAAUACCAGGAUCUGAUGAACAGAGUACAGGAAAAGGAUGAACAGAUCAACAAUCUGGAGAAGCAGCUGGAAGAGCAGAAGCAGUUGAGAGCACAAGAAGCUAAAAUUGUUCAAGAAAAAGCCGCCAAAAUUAAGGACUGGGUGACAGCCAAGCUGAGAGAGCUUGAGCUGGAAAACCAUUACCUCAAGGAUUGCAACCUGAGGCUGACAGAGCAGCUUGAAGCACUUCAGAAAGCUUUGCAGGGUAAAUAUAUGACAACUCGUUCUGUUUCAAGUUGUAGUGUUCAGCUACCUAAAGAUCCACUAUCACCCUUCCUUGAGAACUCAGACCAGGAUUCCAGGCUUCUUGCAGUGGACACCAAGCAGGCUUAUCAAAGUGUAUCUGCAAAAGCUAUAACAAGUGUGGUCUUUAUGGAUGACUCCCGUAUAGGAGGUGAGACUGAAACAUCAGAGCCUUCCCAGAGACUUACCUCUGACUCCUCACAGGAGAAGAAUUCUUCUGAGAAAGAUUUCAUCUCCGUGGCAACCCCAAGAAUUUGCACAACAUCACUGAGCCACCAAACUGAUACUGUGAAAUUUCAUGGAGCUUUGACUUUACAACUUCAGGAGUCCAUCAGUGACUUGGGCAAGAUAGCAUCUGUUCUGUACAAUCCAUCAGAUGAACUGAGUACCACAUUCCAUACUCAUAAGUUAGAUUUUUCCUCCAGGGAAAUAGCAAAGGCUCCUAAUCGCUCUGUUUCACCAUCUGUUCCUGCCUUGAAGUUGUCAACAUCCAUCACUACAGUGCCCUCAAAUUUCUCAAGGAGGGAAGGUGGCAGCAUGACUCUCCCAAAAACUCGGACUCCAAGCAAUCCAAGGGACAGCAUCCAGCUAGCCAAGAGGCAUUAUAGCCAACCACAGUCAGGAACUGACUGUUUUCAUCAUGUGGUGAAUAUAGAGAUCAGCAAAUUUAAGCCUAUAAGAGCUCCCAAGCAAUGCCAGAGAGCGGUGGAGGAGACAGAUAUUGAUGAAGAAGUAGCAGAGAAGAUGGAGAUGGAGGACUGUCUGCUGGAGGAGGGAGGAAGGGGCGAGGAGACUCCUCAGAACCUUUGUUCAUGCAAGGAGAUGCGGACUUCUGAAGCCAGAGUACGGGACUCAGCAGACAAGCCACCCACUCCUCCCUUGCACAGAUUUCCAUCUUGGGAGAGUCGUAUCUAUGCUGUAGCCAAGGUUGGCAUGAGAGUAUCAGAAGUGGCUCUGGGGAAUGACUCUUCUAGCCAGACUUCACAUUCCCCAUCUUAUUCACCCCCUGGGCCAUUCACCUGCCUCGUUUACAGAAAUGUUACAGUGCCUGUCUACACCAUGCUAAAAGGGAAAGCGACCCAGAUCAGCAAUGUGCCUUUCUUCGAUGAGUCCUCCUGCUCCGACGAUGACUGCAGCUCCCAUGUGAGUCUGAGAGCUUCCAAUGCAGGAUCUGAGCCCAGGAAAACAAGCAGACCCGGCAGUCCUCGUGCUGUGAAACGAGCAGGUGUUUCUGUAUCCUCGCUGAGCUCGGAGAGUGACUAUGCCAUCCCGCCAGAUGCCUAUUCCUUGGAUGGAGACUAUUCCGAACCAGAGCACAAACUGCAGCGGACAUCUUCUUAUUCCACUGAUGCUGGGGUCUACAGUGAGCCCAUGGAGAAAUCAGGUUAUUUGCUGAAAAUGAGCAACCAGGUGAAGACGUGGAAGAGACGGUGGUUUGUUUUGAGAAAUGGACAGCUCAUGUAUUAUAAAUCCCCAAGUGAUAUCAUCUGCAAGCCUCAGGGUCUGGUUGAGUUGAAUUCUUCUUGCCAGAUCGUACGAGGUGAAGGAUCUCAAACGUUCCAGCUUGUCACUGAAAAAAGGACCUACUUCUUGACAGCUGACUCUCCUAACAUCUUGGAGGAGUGGAUCCAUGUCCUUCAAAAUAUGAUCAAAGUGAAAGUGACUAGUCCCACUGAAGUCCCUCUCAGUGAUGCAAAACCCACUGUGAAAGGCUGGCUCACCAAGGUCAAACAUGGGCGCUCUAAGCUGGUUUGGUGUGCACUGAUUGGAAAGACUUUUUACUAUUAUCGAAAUCAUGAAGACAAGUGCCCUCUAGGCUAUUUGCACAUGCGUGAGUCAAAGGUGGAAGAAGUGGAUCGCUCCUGUGACUCUGACGAGGAUUAUGAGGCGAAUGGUGGGGGCCUCUUUUCUUCUUAUUGCACCCUGGUGAUUCACCCUCCAGAUCAGAGUCCCGUCUACCUACUGAUUGGUACAAAACAGGAAAAGGAUACUUGGUUGUACCACCUGACAGUAGCAGCGGGCAGCAGCAGUGCCAAAGUGGGCACUGCCUAUGAACAGCUGAUUGGGAAAUUACUGGAUGCAGAAGGAGACCCAAGUUCUCCUUUGUGGAAGCACCCUAUGUUGUGUUACAGCAAGGAUGGGCUGCAAACGCCCCUCACCACUCUGCCUUCAGAGGCGCUGAAGACAGAGGCCCUGAAACUCUUCAAGUCGUGUCAGCUGUUUAUCAACGUCCCUGUAGAAGCUUCAUCCAUUGAUUACCACGUGUCGCUGGCCCAGACUGCUCUACAAGUCUGCCUGACCCACAAUGAGCUGCAGAAUGAAAUUUAUUGCCAGCUAGUUAAACAAACCUGCAGACCAGCUCAGAACCACUCAGUCAUUCAAUGCUGGCAAUUACUGGCUCUGUGUGCUCCUCUCUUCCUGCCUCAGCACCAUUUCCUUUGGUAUGUCAAGCAUCACUUGCAGCAGCAUGCAGACCCCAGAAGUGAAAUAGGAAAGUAUGCAAUUUACUGUCAGAGAUCAGUGGAGCGUACUUUGCAAGUUGGAGAACGAGAAGCCAGACCUUCCCGAAUGGAGAUCGUGUCCAUUUUGCUGAGAAACCCCUACCACCACUCACUCCCCUUCAGUAUCCCGGUGCACUUCAUGAAUGGAACCUAUCAGGUGGUAGGGUUUGAUGGCUCCUCAACAGUGGCAGAGUUUCUGCAGCAGCUGAACCAAGAGACAGGCAUGAGGCAGUCAUCACUCUCUGGGUUUUCCCUCUUUACGGAUGAUCCAUCUGGCGGGGAUAUAGAACACUGCCUUCAAGGCCCUGUGAAGAUCUGUGAUGUCAUUUCAAAGUGGGAGCAAGCUUUAAAAGAGUUAAAUCCUGGGAAGUAUGAAGGUGGCACAAGAAUAGUGAAGCUAACAUACAAAAACAGACUGUACUUUCGAUGUCAAGCAAAGGGUGAAACAGACCGAGAGCGCUUGCUGCUGGCUUUCCAGAUUAGUGGUGAAAUAGCCAGUGGGAGGUUCCCCGUCAAUAAGGAGCUGGCUCUGGAAAUGGCAGCUCUGAUGGCCCAGGUGGAUUAUGGAGAUUUGGAUCGGCCAGUACCAUUGAGCCCUGGGGGGUCAUCACAUUCCAAAAUGCAGCAUCUUCUCCAGCUGGUACUAGACAAAUUCUAUCCCAAGCGUUACAAGCACCAGGUUACUGCUGAGCAGAUAAAGCAGCUGGCUGACCAAUUGGCUGCCAAGUGGAUGGUGCUGCAGGGGUGUUCUUCUCCAGAAUGUGUCCGGAUCUUUUUGACUGUGGCUCGGAAAUGGCCCCUCUUUGGAGCCAAACUCUUUACUGCUAAGCCUAUCCUGCCUUUUCCCCUGGAAGACUGUCCAUUGUGGAUAGCUGUGAAUGAAGAUGGAAUCAGUAUACUGGAAUACGGCACUAUGCACUUAAAACUGUCUUAUGCAUUCUCUUCUGUGCUGACCUUUGGAGGCUGCCAUGAUAACUUUAUGAUUGUAAUCAGCGAAGUGAAGGAUAGGCGCUCUGGAAAAACUGCCCCUGAAAAAUUGCUUUUUGCAAUGGCAGCUCCAAUGAUUGUUGAAGUGAUUCUCCUUAUCGCCAGUUAUAUUAACCAUUGUUCGUCAACUCCACCCCCUCCUGCUCCAAGCAUCAAUUCAACAUGGAGUACAUCAUCUGCUAAGAAGCUCUUAGAAAUCGAAAGUAGGUGCUUCUUUCCUUCUCUGCCCCGGACCACUAAGGGGCCAACGCUGCUGUAA